AUGCCAACCAAAAGCUUACUUUCCUUUCUUUCUUUCGUUCUCUCUUUCCUUCCUUCUCUCUCUUUCUCUCCUUCUCUCUCUCUCUUUUUUGUUCUUUGUUUGCUCAUUUUCUUUUCUCUAUUGCAUUUCUUCCUUCCUUUAUUACGUUUCUUUCUUUCUCUAUCGCGUUUCUUCCUUUCUUUCUUUAUUUAUUUCGUUUCUUUCUUUGUUUAUUACGUUUUUUUCUUUCUCUGUUAUUACGUGUUUUUCUUUCUUUAUUGCGUUUCUUUCUUUCUCGGUUGCUUUUCUUUCUCUAUUGCGUUUCUUUCUUUAUUUAUUGCCUUUCUUUCUUUCUUUAUUACGUUUCUUCCUUUCUUUAUUGCCUUUCUUUCUUUCUUUCUUUCUUUCUUUCUUUCUUUCUUUCUUAUGAAAGUCAUUUUUCGUCUGUUUUUCUUUUCUUAUUCUAAUUCAUUCACAUUCCUUUUCCUUCCUUAUUCAAAUCCUUCUUGUUUAGCUUUCUAUCUCUCUCGAAGUCUUUUUCUCACUCAUAUUGUUUUUUUCUUCGUCAGUUUUUUUUUUCCCAAUUUCCUUCUUUCUCUUCCACUCUCGUCAUUCUAUUUUCUUUUCAAAACUUUUCUCUCUCAUUCCCUCCACCCGCGACAAUUAUUUUUUAGAGAAUUUUCUCUCUCGCUUUUCUUUCUCUUUCAAAUCCUUUGUCUUUCAUUAUCCUUCUCUCUUCAUUUCUUUCUUAGUUUCCGUCUCUCAUCAAAACCGUUUUAUUUCCCUUUCUUUUCCUCUUUAAAUCCAAUCUCUCUUUUUUUAAUUCAAUAUUCCAGUUCGUUCUCUAUCUUUCCUUCCUUCGCCAAAACAUUUUACUCAAUAUUUGUUACCCUCUUUAAAUCUUUUCUCUCUCUCUCUCUCCCUCUGCUCUUCUUCAUCUGUUUCCUCACCCUUUUACUCUCACUCCAAUUCGAUUAUCUCCUACUCUCUCUCGUUCCCUCUCACCCAUGUCCAUCUUCAAUUUCAUUCUCUCUUCUUUUCCUCUCCUCUUUAAAUCAUUUCUUUCUCCUUUCUUUUCCCUCUUUGAGUUCUUUCUCUCUUCCUUUUUUGCCCUUGUUAAGUCAUUUCUCUAUCUAUCUUUUUCUUUCCUUCUCCGUCUCUUUCCUCUUCGUUUCCUUCCUAAUUAAAAUCCAUUCUCUCCUUCUCUCUCUCUCUCUCUCUCUCUCUCUCUCUCACUCACUCACUCACUCUCUCCUUCUUCCUCCGUUCUCUUUCGCUUUCUUUCCUUCUUUGUACGUUCUCUCGCCUUUUCCUUUCCUCUUCAAAUCUUUUCUCCUUCAGUUUCUUUCCCCGCUCUUUGACUUCCUUCUCAUUCCUUUUCAUUCUCAUCCAUGUUUUCUAUGUUAA